UACACACACACGCACCCACCGCCCGUGGCACAGCACCGACGCUGCACGUGGCUCCCGUGCGUGAGUCUCCUUCCAGUACUGCUAGAUCCGCAGACGAUCGUCAGACGACCUCAGCUUCCCGCGUCUGUACGGACGAGCGAAGACGGGAGGGAUCGAGCCCCGGAAACAGCUAUUAACGUUUCAUACAACGUACACAGAUGCCCUGCCGUGGUGGUGGUUGCUACGCCACGAUGAUGCGCUACCAGUGACGGACGGACGUAUCGACCUGCUGACUGACUGACCGUGACCGCACAGCAGCAGCGGCGGCGCGGCGGCGGCGGCGGCGGCGAUGCCGGGAAAUAUGUCAGGGACGCUGGCGGAAUCUGGCGGGAGAUGGCAGCUGGUGUCGAGCGACUGCUUGGACGAAAUUACGGCCUGCGAGCAUUAGGCUACGGUUACCUCGCCCGCAAGAUGGCGUCAGUAGCAAACCCUGUGGUGGAGAUCACCGUGUGCGGUGGAACGUGCACGAUCACCACCACCACGUCGCUACGCUCGUCCGUCGUCAGCUUUCGCCUUAAUGAGGAGUUCGACGAAGAAACGACCGACGGACGAAAAUGCAAGACUAUAGUUACGCAAGAUGGCCCCCGGCUGGUGCAGCGUCAGUGUUGCCUUGACGACAGCAGCAAGGAUUCGGUCGCUAUACGGGAGAUAACGGACACCGGUGAUACUAUGAUCUUGGAACUCCAAGCCCGAGGAACUGUAUGCCGACGCGUAAUUCCACGAAAAUCUCACCCGCCGACGGCGCGGCGACUGACACACGGUGACGGCGACGGCAGCGGAGAAAACAAUACAGCAAUAAAGCGCAAACCAGCUUGCACAACAACGGCGGCGAUCACGUGUUCAUCGCGUGUGGAUCACGUGGUGGCGUCACGCGCUCAUGUCGGCCAUCUUUAUGGCUUUAUUCUAAGCGCAGGAAAGAAGUUGAGACAAGUUGGGUUGAAAGAUCUGCUAAUAGGCCGCGUCAGACGGACGUUUUUGGCCCGAACAGUAUUCACUUGCGGUACGUUGGUGAAACGCGCCGAACUCAACCCGGCCGCCGAGCCAAAUAUGCCCGAGCGACAAAUCUAG